GCUUGGAAAGGACAUCACAGCAAUGGGAGCCUGUGGCUGAAGAGAGCUGUUCACUUCCUGGCAGGCCAGGAAGGAGAGCAGGACAAGAGAGGGACAGAUAUAACAUGCCCCCUACCCACUAAGGACCCUAGCCCAGUGACCCUCUCCCUCCAGUUGCAGAAUCUGACAUCAGAACCGGAAAGCUACUAGAGACAGACGGUGCAGGCCGCAGGGGCUGGGCUGAGCUGCAGGCAUGGCGCAGUACAAGGGCACUAUGCGGGAGGCCGGUCGGGCCAUGCACCUGAUCAAGAAACGGGAGAAGCAGAAGGAACAGAUGGAGGUGCUGAAGCAGCGCAUUGCGGAGGAGACCAUCAUGAAGUCAAAGGUGGACAAGAAGUUCUCAGCACACUAUGAUGCUGUGGAGGCCGAGCUGAAGUCCAGUACGGUGGGCCUGGUGACCCUGAAUGACAUGAAGGCCAAGCAGGAAGCCCUGCUGAGGGAACGGGAGAUGCAACUGGCCAAGAGGGAGCAGCUGGAGCAGCGCCGGCUACAGCUGGAGAUGCUGCGGGAGAAGGAGCGAAGGCGCGAGCGCAAGCGGAAGAUCUCCAACCUGUCCUUCACUCUGGAAGAGGAAGAUGACGGCGACCAUGAGGAUGGCCGCAGGGCCGAGGGCAAUGAGGCCCACAAUGGUGGGGCCAAGAAGAACUUGGGCAAGAACCCGGAUGUGGAUACCAGCUUCCUGCCCGACCGCGAGCGCGAGGAGGAGGAGAACCGGCUACGCGAGGAGCUGAGGCAGGAGUGGGAGGCGAAGCGUGAGAAGGUGAAGGGCGAGGAGGUGGAGAUCACUUUCAGCUACUGGGAUGGUUCGGGCCACCGGCGCACGGUACGCAUGCGCAAGGGCAGCACGGUGCAGCAGUUCCUGAAGAGGGCGCUACAGGGGCUGCGCAGGGAUUUCCGGGAACUGCGCGCGGCCGGCGUGGAGCAGCUCAUGUACGUCAAGGAGGACCUCAUCCUGCCGCACUACCACACCUUCUACGAUUUCAUUGUGGCCAAGGCGCGGGGCAAGAGUGGGCCACUCUUCAGCUUCGACGUGCACGACGAUGUGCGGCUGCUGAGCGAUGCCACGAUGGAGAAAGACGAGUCGCACGCCGGCAAGGUGGUGCUGCGCAGCUGGUACGAGAAGAACAAACACAUCUUCCCUGCCAGCCGCUGGGAGCCCUACGACCCCGAGAAGAAGUGGGACAGGUACACCAUCCGGUGAUACUGAACCCCUCUUGGGUACUCUCAUAUUACUGAAAUUCAAUAAAUACAGAGGGUCCCCGUGAGUCG